AGGUAUGGCAACAGUUGACUUCAAAGCCAAAGCGAUUGAAAAGGCUCGCAUUGCAACUGAGCUGGAUAAAGAAGCAACAGCUCUGAAGGAUCCAGCAGACUGGGAAAAACAGCGAGAAAAAUACGACGAAGCGCUUCAUGCAUAUCGAACAUGCUUAGAUACCUUCAUGACAGCUAUGAAAUGGGAAAAGAACCCCAACAUUACUGCACAACUUCGAAAGUUUGCAAAAGAAUAUAUGGAGCGUGCAGAAAAGAUUCAAGAGAUUUUGAAGGAUCCUCCGAAAGCCAAGAAAGCAGCAGUGCCGGCUGGAGGGGACAGCGAGAAAGAGAAAGGUCGAAUGAGAGAUGCGAUACAAAGUGCCAUCGUCCAAGAAAAACCAAACGUUCGUUGGGAAGACAUUGCAGGCCUUGAACAAGCAAAAGAAGCUCUCAAAGAAGCGGUCAUCUUGCCUAUCAAUUUUCCGCAGCUCUUUCAGGGUUCUGGAAGAAAGCCAUGGAGUGGUAUCAUGCUCUAUGGUCCUCCUGGGACGGGGAAAUCAUUUCUAGCUAAGGCGGUUGCAACGGAAGCCUCAGCAACCUUUUUAUCAGUUUCUUCUGCUGACUUGACAUCAAAGUGGUUGGGUGAAAGUGAAAAAUUGGUAAAAAUGUUGUUCGAAACAGCUCGUGAACAAAAACCAUCCAUAAUUUUUAUCGAUGAGAUUGAUUCGAUUGCCACAAGUAGAAACGAUAGCGACAGUGAAUCGGGAAGACGGAUAAAAACUGAAUUGCUUGUUCAAAUGGACGGGCUUGGGAAUUCUCUAGAAGGAUUGCUGGUGUUGUGCGCCACAAACUUGCCAUGGGCAAUCGAUAGUGCUGUGCGUCGAAGGUGCCAACGAAGAAUUUACAUUCCUCUACCUGAUGAACGAGCAAGGAGGAGGCUUCUUGAUAUUCACUUGUCCAAGAUGGACCCUAAGCCCGGUCUUGAGCAUGAGCAAUUGCAGACUCUUGUCAGCAGAACGGAUGGCUUUUCUGGGAGUGAUAUUGCCGUGUUGAUACGAGACGCUGUUAUGGAGCCGGUGAGGCGAUGCCAAGACGCACAGGCUUUCAAGCGAGUCAUGGUCAAGAAUCCCGAGGGCGUUGAAGAGGAGAAGUUGAUGCCGUGCAGCCCGAGUGACCCAGACGGAGAAGAGAUGACAAUCAUGGAUCUUGCAAAGAACAACCUUGCAGACAAGUUGGUUGCUCCUCCAGUUUCCUACAGAGAUUUUGAGAAAACACUUGCGCGCUGCAAACCUUCUGUCAGUCUGAAUGAUCUUCAGGAAUUUGAGAAAUUCACAAAAGAGUAUGGACAAGAGGGAUAAAAGCCCGUCCCUUGCACUUUGUUUGGAUACUACAUAUAGCUUCGCUGAAAAGAUGGAUUUCGCAAAUUUUUGCAUCACUUUGAAAUCACUAGUGUACAUGAUUGAUGGAGAAGUUGAGAAUCAAGUAUGGGUGUAAAGUGUUGCUGACGACG